UCGCCGCCGCCGCAGCGUAAAAACACAGAGAGACCCCCCGGACCCACAGCUUACGCCGUUUCCCACGCUCACGACAUGGUCUCCACGUUUUUACUCUUUAUCACGCCACAAAUCGAAAGAGUGAUCUUGGACGAGACAAAUCGGGAAGGCUAUCUGAAAUGCGGAGAGGAGUGGAAAGCCAUGGACGUCACUGACCUACGCGCCUACAUAUGGCUGCUGAUCCUGGCAGGCGUGUACAAGUCCCGAGGCGAAGCGGCUGCCAGUCUGUGGGACGCUCAAAGCGGCAGGGUGAUUUUCCGCGCUACGAUGCCGCUCAAACUCUUUUACACUUACUCGUCAACGAUACGAUUUGACGACCGUGGGACACGCACGGCGAGACGCGCCACGGACAAGUUGGCGGCGAUACGAGAGGUCUGGGAUAUGUGGGUAGAGAGAUUACCCCGCCUCUACGACCCAGGGCCCGAAGUGACCGUGGAUGAACAACUGGUCGCGUUCAGAGGACGGUGUCCUUUCAGGCAGUACAUGCCGAGCAAACCGGCAAAGUAUGGGAUCAAGUCGUGGGUCACGUGCGAUGCAAAAUCAAGCUACGUUUGGAAGAUGCAAGUGUACACCGGGAAGUUGAGCGACGGCGCCCCGGAGAGGAACCAGGGGAUGCGCGUCGUGCUCGAUUUGACAGAGGGCCUGAAGAACCACAAUGUCACGUGUGACAACUUUUUCACCUCUUACGAACUCGGACGAGCGCUCACGACGACGAGAAACAUGACCAUGGUUGGCACCGUGCGAAAGAACAGGUCUGAGCUCCCGUCCGAGCUGCUAGCGACAAACAGGCGACGGGUGCUGUCGUCGCAGUUUGCCUUCACGCCCACCACCACUCUAGUUUCCUACCUCACCAAGAAGAACAAGAACGUUUUACUUAUGAGCACACGCCACACAGACGGCGAAAUCAGUGACAGAGACGACGGGAAACCGACCAUCAUCCUAGACUACAACCGCAACAAAGGAGGUGUGGACAAUCUAGACAAGGUCGUCACUUACUACAGCUGUAAAAGGAAGACGGUCCGCUGGCCCCUCGUCAUCUUCGACAACAUGACUGACGUCUCCACCUACAACGCAUUUGUGAUAUGGAGAGAGCUCAACCCCAACUGGAUGCCUGGCAAGCGCAACAAGAGGAGAUUUUUCCUCGAGCAGCUUGGCAGGGCACUCGUGAAUCCGCUCGAAUCAUUUAGUCUACACUCCAGCUAA